CAAAGUUUUGUACUGAACUUGAGAAGGAUCCGAAUGCUACAUGUAUACGGUCAAUUUAAACCAUAUCUGCGUUCCAUAUUUGUACAUUCAUGUCUAAAUUUACCAAUUUACUCACCGAUGUAAUGAAGUACUGUAUUUGUUAAUUACAGCCUAAGUUUAGGACAAGAGUACAUGUGAACGGAGGUGAUGGACGGAAUUUCUCACAUGUUUGCAGAGACUGGGGAUAAGGGCUGUAAUCGUAAAAAGUUCCGUAUUGUUCACAUCUCUGACACGCACAUGGAACACGACAGCAUGAUCCAGAGCAUCCCAGACGGUGACGUCAUCAUCCAUUCCGGGGACUUCGGCAAACGAAGAUUCAUGAAUUUCUUUUUUGAUGAUUAUCGCGAUUCAGAGAUGUUGCAAAAAGUCAAUAUAUUUUUCAAACAACUGCCUCACACGUAUAAAAUAUAUGUGGCAGGAAACCAUGAUACUUUUUUAACAAGAUUCUCAGCAGAAGAAAUUCAAAGUAGAAUGCCUAAUGUGACCUAUUUACAAGAUUCAUCUGUUGUUUUUGAUGGCGUGAAAUUUUAUGGAAGUCCAUGGACAAUUGCAUCUAGCAAAAUUAAAACAUCCAAAGCCUUCACGACAGAUUCGGCCGAUCUGCAGGACCGAUGGAAUGCCGUAGAAGAAGACACGGAUGUUUUGAUAACUCACACCCCUCCCUACGGGAUGUUAGAUUAUUCCCGUCAACGAGGAGACAAACCCUCAAAAGAUGAGUGUCAGUUCUGCGAUAAAGUUCACCCGAAAGUGGGUCAUGCUGGAUGCUAUUAUCUAAGAAAAAGUCUUUUGCGAAACAUCAGACCAACGAUUCAUCUAUUUGGCCACUUGCAUGGUUCAGCAGGGUUAACAGAAUAUGACAGCAUCACGUUUUCCAAUGCUGCAUUUGCCAACAAACGCCAAAUUAAUGUCAUAGACCUAUACAAAGAUUUAAUAAGUUCAUUGUAGACUACACCUUCUUUAGCUAUUUUUUGAUUUUAGACUUCAUUUAGAUAGCUAUUUCUGAAUUGUAGAAUAGACAUGCAUGUACAUUUAAUUCUCGAUCGUGGACUUCACUUGUACAACUGCAAAGUUUUUUUUCAUACUUUUUAAUUUGAAAAACCAAAAUCGCUUUUAAACAUUUCUUCACAUGUUUUAUUAGAUAUUAAUACAUCUGUAUUCUGCAUUAAUUCACAAAAAUUUAAAAUCUAAAAAAAGACAUUUUUUUCAUACUCGUAUUUACUGUAAAAUAGUUUUACAAAUAGCGAUUCCUCGAUCGUAGAUUACAUAUAUGCAUGUACAUGUAGGCCUAUAGCCAUUUUUUUCUGAGCCAGAAAACAGAGAUAUUGUUUUGACUUCCAUAAUAUUGUUUUCUUACUAGAAAAAUUAAAUUUCCAAAGGGUGGCCAUUCGGAAAGGCAACUUGCUAAUUAAAUGGUCUGUUAUCGAUGUUGUUUAGAAAAAAUAUACAUGUCAAAAUAUUUUUAUAUUUAUUGUCAUAUUUAAGAUGAUAUUUUUAUUGAAUGUGCCAAGAAUUUCAAUAUAUGUGAUUUAUUUAUUUAUUUCAUUUGCAAACAAUGUUAUUGCCUUUUAUAUAACUUAUUUUUUUUACUUAUAUGUUUCCAAGAUUUGAUCAGACUCUGCAGCAAAGAGGAUUCUUUCAAGAAAAUCACACAGGAAAGAUUUAUUGAUUAUGUCUUAUAUUGAAAUUCCUGUAAUCUUCAGGCACCUGAAUCACUUUGAAUAUAAUACUAAGUAAUAAUUAAACCUUUUUUAUUAUUAAAAAUAGAAAAUUAGCCUAGGAUAAAUUUCUGUUAUCUUUUUAUUGCUGAAAUCUUGGCCCAUCAGAUCUCUACACGUCAUGUAUAUCUUCUUCUUUAACUUCUGUAACAUGCAUGUAUUAAUCAGUAGCUCGUCCAUCCUCUGAAUUAUUGAAGUGUUCAGUAGAACUGCAUCUUCUAUUACCUUUUCUUCCUUAAACCCAACUGAAAUAUGAAGCAAUGGCCAAUAAAACUAAAUGUGACAUGUAGUGUUCUGUAGAUGCAUGCAAUUCAGUAUAAAAAUUUCAGCUUUUACUCUAGGAAACCAUUGGAUUGAUUGAUUGUAUAUUGUUUAACGCCGAGUCGGCAAUUUUUCAGCCAUAUUUCGGCGGGGAAACCAUUGGAGGUUGAAACUAUUCUUCUCAAGUUCCACUUACAUUUUAAGCAGUAGCUCUUCAUCUUUUGAAAUAUGUAGGGUUGUAUUUUAUAGAUGUGAAAUAUUUUUAAUAUUCUUCCGGAGGGGUCUGGAAAAAAUGUUUUCCAAAAAAAUUUGAUCUAUAGAACUUCCCUUGUAUUUACACAGUGACAAUUUUAAACCAUCUUUUUGAAAAUGAUUAGUGUUGUUCUAUAUAGAUGUGCAAUACUGUCCUAAAAUCGGUGCCCUUACUGCCUAUUGGGGGUCGAAAACAUUGUUUUCUAUAAAUUCUUCUCUCAAGUUUCUUUUACAUUUUCAGUAGUAACCAACUCAUCAAUUGCAAUAUGAUCUUUACGGAGCGUCCCAUGGAUGUGUACGUGACAUGCUGGGAAAGAAAGUCUUUUGUUCAAAAACUACGUCGAGGAAUUGACGUUUUAAUAGGGUAACAUGAAAUUAAAACCUUAAUGUACAUGUACGCCUACAGGAAAACACUGAUCAUAUUCCAAAAGAUGAAUUAUCUACUUGUACAUUAGCUGCAGAAACUGUAGCGUUAUGGUUUUACAUGUUAGUCUUUGACCAUUGCGCUACAGAUCCCGUAAUGCAAAUAUUAAACAUGCAAUUUACGGCGCAAGAUUUUCCGCGCACGUUUUGGCGUACAUGUAUAUUUCUCUAUUUUCCAGCAUUGGAUUUCAACUACCUUUCAUUCCAUAUAUUCUGUUAGUAAUACCAACCUAUAUAUUUGAUUCGCCUAGUUUAACCAUUCAUAAUCGUCCCUACAGACAAAUUAACUCGCUUGUUUUGAAUUUUGUUCAACCUGACAAAAAUUUCAAAACGAACGUUAUUAUAUUUUUUGGAUUGUAUAGAAGGUUAUAAAGGAACAGAAAGUAGAUAAAACAUUUAGGUUGGUCAUAGAAUAAUUAUAUCUAGAAUUAAGGAAUGAAAAGAACAUGUAGUUGGUUGUCCAGUGCUGGAAAGUAGAGGAAUAUACAUGUACGUCCGAAUGUGCGCAUAAAAUCUUGCCCCGUAAAUUGUACAAUAUUUGCAUUACUGGAUAUGUAGCGUUAUGCUCAGAGAUUAAUGUAUAAUAAAAACCAUAACGCUUCAAUCUCUGCGGUAACUGGGUACAUGUAAUGUGUGAGAGGGUAUAAGAAACCAGGUUUUGUACAUUUACCUCAUUUUCGACUCGAAAUCAGACCUUCAGUAAUUCUUAACUUUGUUGCUCAUCUACAGGGUACUUCAUAUCAUAUUUCAAAAGAUGAAUUAGCCAAAGCGUUACGUUACAGUAGCUUAAGAAAGAUUUUAAAGAAAAACGAAAUCCAAUAAGCAUAUAAUAUAGGAUAACAUAAUAGCAUAAGAUGCCUACCUAACCAUUCAUAUAAAUACAGUAUAUAGCUACCUUUAUACAUAUUAACAAAGUAAAAAGGAAUAUGAUUAUAAAGGCAAACACUUCUUAUGUCCAUAUAUUGAUUUUUAAAUACUAGUACUAAGUUCAUGUAUAGUAUUUGUAUUGUUUAAUUGGACUUUUGAGUUUGAAUA